AUGGCAACUAAGUUUCCGAGACGAAUGCUUCCAUCAAAAUGCUAUCCUACCCCUACGAACGUAACCUAUGAAAAAGGAGGGCUGGCCAUACUUUAUUGCUCUGUUAAAAAUCUUAGGACUAAAACGCUGUGUUUUGUUCAAGGAGACAAGUUUACAACAAAAAUGAUAGUAAGUCGGCUGACAAUAGCUAAAUCAUAUAUGUCAGAUACAGGAACGUUUGUGUGUAGAACACCGGAGUUACUGUCUGCCACGUUCAAAGUGGACGUAUUAAACCAUCCAUCACGCUUUAACUAUUAA